UUUCCGCCCCUCCCCUUCCCCCCCGCCAUGGCGGCUCCGCGCCGCGCCUGGUUCGUGUUGGGUUUCAGCGCCGAGGAGGCGGCGGGGGACGCGGGGCCGGGGGCGGGGUCGCGCCGCCUGGAGCCGGGCUCCCCGGGGUUCAGACCCUUUCCCCCCGCCCCACAUUCCCCGCUCGGGCCCGACCCCUCCGCUCCCGCAGGCUCCGGGCUGGAGGUGCUGAGCGCGGGGCGGCGGCGGCCGCUGCCCGAGGACUGCGUCGCGGCGCUGCCGUCGGAGACGCACGUGGUGCUGCUGCGGGGGGCGGCGGCCGAGGCGUGGCCCCGCGCCGCGGCGCUGCGGGGAGAGCUGCGGGGAGAGCCCGCCUGGAGCCGGGCGCUGCCGCCGGGGUCGCGCCCCGCGCUGCCGCUGCUGCCGGACGGGUUCGUGGCCCCGCGGCCGCCGUUCUACACCGCGCUGUCCGGAGCGCCGCCGCUUCGCGCGUUGGCGCUGGGCCACGAGCACGCUCUGGGGCUGGGAGCGGCCGGGGAGGUGUACGGCUGGGGCGGCGGCAGGCACGGGCAGCUUGGCCAUGGCAGCCUGGAAUCCGAGCAGCGGCCGCGGCUGGUGGAGGCGCUGGGCGGGGUGCCCAUGCGGGCGGUGGCAGCUGGCGGGUGGCACUCGGCCUGUGUCAGCGACGGAGGAGACCUCUACGUGUGGGGCUGGAAUGAGUCGGGCCAGCUGGCGCUGCCCUCCCGGGCGGUGGCAGAGGAGCAGGCACAGGAUGAGGACGUGGGCGCAGGGCCCGAGGAUCUGCCGCUGCCUGGGGAGCCGCCAGGCGCCGCCUUCAUCUCCAUCCAGGCCUUCCCGGCCCUGCUGGACCUCCCGCAGGAGCCGGCAGUGGCUGCAGUGAGCUGCGGGUCCCGGCACACGGCUGUGGUCACACGAGGUGGAGAGCUGUACACCUGGGGCUGGGGUAAAUACGGGCAGCUCGGGCACGGGGACCGCAGCAGCUGCGACUGCCCCCGCCGCGUGGAGCAGCUCUGGGCUGAGGGGCUGCGGGCACAGGAGGUGGUGUGCGGGCCCUGGAACACCUACGUCUGCGUCCUGCAGCAGUGAGGGGCUUAGGGUUCCUGGCACUGCGUGGAGCGCUGCUCCCCCCCACCCAGCACAGCCCUGGCCCUGGCCCUGGAAGCUGGGACCAAGCGUGGGAGCUGACAGGGGGAGCUCAGCCCCCCCUGCCUGACCUGA